GAGGUAACAAUGGCUGAAGUGUUGGGAGGCUCGUCAUCAUGGGCUCUCCCUGCAGAGAUACUGGAGAUGGUACUGGCACAGUUGCCCCUGCCAGCUCUGCUUACAGUACACUCUACUGUUUGCCACUACUGGUCAGGGAUUAUUAUGAAUCCAGCAUUCAUCCCCUGGAAAAAGAUAUACCAUCGGCUGAAACUGGCGCCAGAGAGCCUCUCAUCGGCUUUUCUGCUCUCCCCGUCAAAGGCCGAAAAACUGGUUCAGACUAAAGAUAUCGUUAAAGAGCUCUGUGUUCAGCACCACAUCACAUCAUUAGAAGAUUGUCUCAUUAGCAUCGUUAGGUUGAUGGGAAACUCUCAUGGAAUUCCGUUUGAGUCAAAAGCAACAAUCAACGUCCUGAAGAGCCAUCCGCUGUACGAAUUAGCCGUUGCCGCUUUGGACUUCCACGGGCAAGAUCUUAUCCCAGAGCGUCGCAACAUAUGGCAUAUUGUCUCCAUGAUUGUAGUUCUUGCAAAGGAUAUGUGGCAAGUUGAUGCACUCCUGCAGCUUUUGCUUUCUCGAGGCUCGGUCUUCACUCCCAGAGAUAUUACGGAAGCCUUUUAUUGCAUGUCCACGUUCUUCCUUCACUGCACUAGGGAAUACGAGCUCCCCACAAGGUACCAUUAUAUAGUCAACUAUGCCUUGUAUCUGUACGAGAAUCGGUGGACUCUGGCUCCUGCCGACGACCCUGGGAGGCUAAAACAGAGUCAUUGUGGCCAGCAGUCCAUGCAAAAGUUCAUGAAUUACAAGCCAAAAGUACAACAUACUCAUGAACAGAUGAGAAUUAUAAACCAUGAUAUUAAGACAGAUCAUAUUGUGAAAAUCGUAGCCUUUGCUGGGACUGGCAAAACCACCACCUUACUUCAGAUGUGCCAACAACGUCCACACCAGAAGUUCUUGCUUGUGGUCUACAAUAAAUCAGUAGAGGAACACUGCUCUAAGUGUUUUCCUAAUAAUGUGAAAGUUAAGACAGCUCAUGCCAUGGCUUUUGCAAAUGUUGGCAGAAGGUUUUCAAGUAUCCGUAGACUGGAUGGGAACCUGAGCAGUAGCAAAAUUUCCGAGUUUCUGGAACAGAAGGAAGGUGCUGGCAAUAGGUUCAGACGAGCUGCCCUUGUUAAAAACACCAUUGAAAUCUUUCUGAAUUCGCAUGAUGACAUUCUCACUCUGCAACAUGUGCCUGUGAAGGACAAAGACCAGAAUGAUAUCGAAGAUGAUUAUAGACUGAAGAUACUUUUGUCUGAUGCAGAAGCAGUAUGGAAAGAAAUGAAGCAGUGUUCCCCUACACAGAAGAUAGCCAUGUCACAAGAUGGUCAGCUGAAGUGUUGGCAGCUGAGCAAACCGAGAAUUCAAGGGUAUGACGUUAUCAUGAUUGACGAGGGCCAGGACAUGAACACAGCCAUGUUUGAUAUUUUUCUCAGACAGAAGUGUGCCAAAGUAAUUGUAGGCGAUCCUCAUCAACAGAUUUACUCCUUCAGAGGGGCAGUUAAUGCCCUUCAGAUGGUCCCAGCCACACACACAUAUUACCUCACACAGUCCUUUAGAUUUGGGCCUGAAAUAUCAUAUAUAGCAAAUUCUUCACUAGAGGUUCUCAAGAAUGUGCAAAAGCAGACACUUGUUGGUGGCAGAAAGCAAGACUUUGUGUAUGUCAGCAGUAAAAGUAAGCCAGUUACUUCAUCUGGUAAAAAACUUAGUACAGCCUACUUGGCAAGGAUGAAUCUUACCAUAUACAAACUUUCCAUUUCUAUGUGUCUGGAUGACAAGUAUUCUAAUAUGUCUAUGAGUUUCGCUGGAGGAUUAGCCAAGUAUGGGUUCGAUACGGUCUUAGACAUCUAUAAACUUUGGCAAAUUCAGCAAGGAUUUGGAACAGCAGAAUCCUUGGGCAUCAAGAACAAACUUAUUGCAAAAUUCCACUCUGUUUUCAGUCUUAGAAAAUUUGCCGAUAACAUUGAUGACCAUGAUUUGUCCAACAAGAUCAGAAUGUUUGAUUACAGCGGAACCAAAACUCCUCAUCACCUCCAGCUGUUGAACAGAAGAUGUAAUGGAGAUUCAGCGAGAUCUGAUAUUGUUUUUAGCACCAUUCACAAAUCUAAAGGACUGGAGUUCGACUGGGUCAUUAUGUUAGAUGAUCUCGUUCCUGUGAACUUGCCAUAUCAAAAUUUGAAGUAUGAAGGAGAUGAGCACAACUUAAUGUAUGUGGCAGUCACACGAGCAAAAUUGUGGCUAACCAUUAACUCUGCAGUUUUGUACACCUUAACUGCAGCUAGAGAAAAAUUUGAAGUAAUAACAGGAAGGCAGGAGGUCCAUCCAAAGCACAAAUGCACCCAGUGUGGCGAGAAGGACAUUGCCAACUCAAAAGCACCUCUAGUAACAAAGGUUAUGACUGUCCCAAUAGGUAACCAGGGAGAAAAAUUUAAAGGCGGCUAUCUCUGUGAAAACUGCGCCACCUUCAAUAAGUACGUCCCGCCGAUGACAAUUGGGCAUGAAUAUGGCAUUAUUAAACUAUUGAAGGACAGCUCCAGGUUAUGUAGAAGGGUUCUACUGACAGGGAAAAAGGAAUUCAUAGACGUGCCAGAAAAUAGACACAUGCAUUUGGGAUGGCAACAGUAUCACAGACAAACAGAAGCAGACUCCAACACUGAUGAAGAAUUCCCAGACGACAUUGACUUUGAGGACCCAGCUCUCCUUGUCUUAGAGGAGGAGGCAGUACAGAUAGAGCAAGAGGAGGACGCAGUACAGAUAGAGCAAGAGGAGGACAUCAAUGAGGUGGUUCCAAGAAGAGUUAUAGAGCCUGAAGUUAUUGAGAUUGAUGGUAUAGAGCCUGAAGUUAUUCAGAUUGAUUGAUUUUGCAAAAGGAAGAUUCGUUCUGUGAUUUGUUGAAAGGAACCAAUGAAUAGUGGUGAUAGCAGAUGUAUUUUUGUAUGAAUUUUGUAUUUUGGGAGAUAGUGUUAUAUGCAAUAUUGAUUCCAGAUAGAGAGGUGCACUAGUUUUUUUUAGAUGUUAGAGUCUUGUCUACCAGAUGAAGGUCGAGUAGAAAUUUAAAGAAGAAAUUGGCAAGGAUCCAGUUACAAGUGGAAAAGCAAGAUUUCAAAACAUUUUUAAAAAUAGUGAAUUUUUUUUUUAAAUUUCUGCCCCCCAAAAAUUCUAGAUGUACUGUUCUAGAUAUAUCAAAUAGAAGACACUCUUCACUAGCAAGAUGGUCUACUGCUCUUUAUGCCUGGUAAUUGUGGCAGGUAUGGAACUGCACCAGCUGUCAGUCUGGCACUAGAACCUUUAAAUAUGUCACUCACUCCCAGAAAAAAAGAGUUAGAGAUUUUUAAAAAUGCCAUGACACUUUCCCAAAUUAUCUUUAAGUGAAUAGAUGAAAUCUCAUUAUCUGUAUACUGUAAUUGCAGCCUCCACCACUUUAACCCAAUAACCACAUAUUUUUGUAAUAUCCCCAUGUAGUUUCUUGUGAAUUUUGUAACAUUCAGAUGGCUCCACCUGUCCUCAGCCAGCAAGAAGUCUAGCAGGAGGACCAACUCACCAAUCCUGAUUUCCCCAUUCCUUGAACUGCUGGGAAAAUGUGUUUUUCUUUCUCAUACUGCUGAUACCAAUACUGUUAUUAUUCUUAUUGAUUUUAUGAUUCUUAAAUUGUUAUUAAAUUCUUGGUAAUAUUAAAGACUAUGAAUAGUACAAAAGACACUUCACAAAAAUCAAGGAAAAGGGUAAACAGGUGAUAUAUGUAGCACUGAUAACUGACUCCUUGUUGAUUAAGCAUUUGUAGAGCCAUCUAUGUGUAAAGACAAUAAAUUAACUUAUGUUACAGUAGGCAUGGCAUGUAUUCUUGUCAUCCGUGGCAAUUGCAUUAAUAUAUAUUAAGCAUCCGUUUUGGAAAAAAAGGGCUUGCAUUGAUUUCUGCUUUUUGUCCCACUUAUUUUGAUUAGGUCUUUAUGUAACAAAUAGGUCUUUAGGGAUCUGUACUUUCAUAUUAUUAGUUUUUUUAUUUUGUUUUUUCAUACUUUUAUGAAGGAACAUAAGUACUGACCAUGAUGUUUCUUAAAGUGAUUAGAGCAGUCCUUUCUUCAAAAACUAGGCCGUGAGUAUGAAUUUUAAGACGAAAAGUAAGGUGUUUUACCCUUGUCAUUGUGUACGUUUUAACACAUACAUGAUACCAGCUCAUGCAGGACUGAAGAAAUGUAUGAAGCUGCCCACACCUCCCAUCACACUUUCUCUGUUUAGAGCCCUGUUCUGCUCAACGAGAGUGUCGCAGCUACCCCAUACCACACACAGCUGUAGAGCAACCAGGAGCAGCUUUCACAUUUUGACAGCUCUUAGAAGCACAGCCACUAGGCCACCAGCACACCCAUGUCAUUAUAGUUGUGGUUGUGGAUAGUAUGGAUUUUCCACAGGACUAUCUCAUGCUCAUACUGCUCUGUCCAUUCCAUAAAUGGUGCUGUAGUCAGUGCAUGAAUUACAUGUAAUAAUAAGUGUUAUCUAGUGUUAUAUACUGGUUUUCUCUGUGUAGUAUAUAUGUUUCCAUCCCUGGUCCUUUUCCACCCAACUUGAGGCUAGUGACACUGCCAGUCCUUGAGAACUGUUAGAUGAUUUAGUGAACUAAUUUAUUCCAUAUCUUACCCUACAAUGUAUAUUUCUUGAGUAUUUUAUCCACAAUUUACCUUGUGACCUUCAUACUUGCCCCUCCUAUCAGAGCUUUAUGUUUAUGGGGGUAAGGGGAAGGUUCCUUGACAUGAUUCUUACAUACAUAUAUAGUAAAGGGCAAGAGUCAUCCAUUGUUAAGAAUAUCUUCAUCAUUAGAUUUACAAAGGUCUUUUGAACAUUAACCCUGGUAUGCAAGGGUCAAUGUCAGUGCUUAAUGGUACUAGCCAUUCUAUUACAUGCAUACAGUACAUUUUCUCCUCUUAUGUGUGAGUACAUACAGUCACACAGAUUAAUAGAUAAAGAAAUGACCUUUACAUGCCAUGAAGUAGGUUUCAAAAGCAGGAUCACAAUAUUGGCCUGGAUUCAUAUAACAUUAAAUAACCAGUCUUCCUAUAUAUGGCCUCAUGAACAUAAAGUAGAAUUACACAAAACUAUGAAAUGUAUACGCAAGUAGUGGAAUAGCGUGGGAAUAACAUUGCAUGCUCAAAUAUAUUAUAAUAUUUACAAAAUGUUACUUUCAGUAUUUUAUCAGGCAGAUCAUAAUAAUAACUGCGCAUAGUGACAGAGAUCACUACAUUUGGUUCAUCCCAGUGACAACCAACACCCAAUGCAGUUCCAUACCUAUCAGUGUUACCAAAUGUGGAGACUUAUAACUUAUGGAUCAGUGGUGGUUUUAUCUGAUAUGUUUAGGAAUGUAAACACAUAAAGCUUUUAUGUAUUAGAAUUUUGUCUGUCCCAAAAGACCACAGUACACUUAACCCUACCUUAUCCCAGAGCUGGUGGGUGUAAUAAUCUCUGUUGAGUUGGUAUAGAAGGAGGAUUAGGUGGAAAAAAAGAAGCCACACAGACAUAGCAAAAUAGAAUUGGGUUUCCAGGUUUCAAAAGCCGAGGCUAUAAUGAGGUGAUGUCGCUUUAAAGUGUAAUUUAUUAAUAUGCUCAAUCGAAGUGGCUCUAAUUUUUGGGAUUGAUGUUUAAAAAGUGAUCUCCAGACAGGGCUGUGUUGUCUCUUCAUAUCAUUUGUUAAUUAUUCUUGUAAGAUAUUUUAUAUAUAGCUUAAAUAAUGUAUUGUUACUUUUUAUGGUGUUAAGUCAUCCAUGUGCAUUUUUGGUCAAACAUUUUAUAAAGAUAAUUGUUCCUAUGUACCAUCCUUAUUAAAGUUUUCAAUGCAGUUAUCCCUAUAAUGACAGUGCCAGAAAUUUCAGUGCCACUCAUUCCAGUGACUUCUGAACUCCCUGCUUGACUUGGUUUAGUGAGUCAUGAUGCCUGUAGCCAUACCCACCAUGAUGAGUUGGUUUUUCAUGAUGGUAUAGGCCUACCCAGCUAUAAGAAGUUAAACAGUGUAUUGUGUUUUAUACUUUUAUAGAAAAACUCACAAAGAUCAAUGUGAAUAAUUAUUGUAUAGACAAAUUUGAAAUAUUGUUAAACUUCAUCUUUCAGGAUUCAUAAAUAUGCACAUAUAAA